AUGGACAACUUGCACCACCAAUCCGACGCCAACUCACCAACGCAUCGACCAAAGCUGCACCAUGCUCGUCCAUAUGCCUUGCCAUGGUACCAGGACACAUUCUGGGGCUCUCUGGUCAACAGGCUGUCUAAGGGCAAGUUGAUUCCGUAUCCAGAGGAAAGGGAUGACUUUGUGCCGCCCGAAGAGUAUCUGCCCGGAUUUAAGACCAAGCGCGCUCAGAGCAACCACACUUGCGGAUGCACACAGGCUGCUCGGUCGCCGUCGUCCGCAACGUCCGAGGCAACACAUGUCGGUGACGGUGCUGCAUCGACUGCGGAAAAGCCUGCUAAGCCGUCUAUGGUUGAGUCGAGCUCGAUGAACUCACAACGUCGUUCGACUGGUAGCGAUCAAGAGCAGCUUGAAACAGCACCUGACUCGCUCGAAGACGACUCGGACCCUUACCUGGUCGAUUGGAACGGCGAGUCGGACCCAGAUAAUCCGCAGAACUGGCGGAUGCCACGCAAAGCUUUCGUCACAGCUCUACUUUGUCUGCUUACGGUCUCAGUGUACAUGGGAUCGGCGAUUUACACGCCUGGCGUCGAGCUCUUUUCUUCGUGGUUCGGCAUCGGCGUGGUGCCUGCCACUUUGGGCUUGUCGCUUUUCGUCUUUGGCUACGGUCUGGGUCCGAUGAUCGGCUUCUCAGCAGCGUCUGAGAUCCCCGCUAUCGGGCGUUUGCUACCUUAUCUAUUGACGCUGUUCAUCUUUGUCAUCUUGCAAGUGCCUACGGCGCUGGUGACUAACGUUGCCGGAUUCAUGAUCUUGCGUUUCCUGGCAGGAUUGUUCGGCUCGCCUCCGCUGGCGACGGGUGGAGCGAGUAUUGGCGAUUUGUACUCGGCGCGCAAUCGACCGCUUGCACUGGGAGUGUGGGGUCUGUCAGCCGUGUGUGGUCCAGUGUUGGGUCCCUUAAUUGGUGGAUUUGCCGCGCAGAGUUUCGGUGCCGAGGGUUGGAGAUGGACCAUCUGGCCGCUGCUCAUGCUGUCCGGUUUCACAUUGGUGGUGCUCGUCGUGACACUUCCCGAGACGUCAAGCGCCAACAUUCUCUACCGUCGAGCUAAGAGGCUACGCAAGGUAACGGGAAACCCAAACUUGCGCACCAAAGGCGAGAUCAUGUCCGCCAACUUGACCAGUAAGGAGCUCGCUAUGAUGACCUUCGUCCGACCUUUCGUGCUGUCGUUCACGGAACCUAUCGUCCUCGGUAUCAACUUUCAUAUCGGUCUGGUCUAUGGAAUCCUCUAUAUUUGGCUAGAAGCCUUUCCGAUUGUCUUUGUGCAAACGUAUGGCUUCAACUCUGGCGAACUCGGUCUUGCAUUCAUGGGCAUUUUUGUAGGAGCCAUUUUGACUUAUAUCCCCUUCGUUCUCUGGCACAAGUACUCGUAUGGACCGCUGUUCGAUCGAAACGGUGGCAAGGUGGCUCCGGAGAAGUGGCUGGAACCUGCCAUCUUGGGGGCGUGGGCUAUCCCUAUCUGCAUGUUUGGCUUUGGUUGGACAGCCAACGCUAGCAUCCACUGGAUCGUGCCUAUCAUUCUCUCUUCGUUUUUCGCGGUCGGAACUUUCCUGCUCUUUCAAUCCGGUCUCUCGUACCUGGGUGACUGUUAUCCGGAAUCCAUCGCUAGUGUCUAUGCGGGAAACGACUUUUUUCGAGCCUCGAUCGGCGCAGCACUCCCACUCGUCGCCAGAGCCAUGUUCAACAACCUCCAGGCAAACGGCCCUAAAGCUUUCCCCGUCGCUUGGGGUUGCGUUCUCAUCGGCUCCAUCUCCAUCAUCAUGGCUCCUAUUCCUUUUGUACUCUACAAGUUCGGUCCUAAACUGCGUUCCAUGUCCAAGUACGCCGUCGACCCUUCCGCAAGCGCCUCCAGCCAGAAGCACAACCCCAACGAAAAGAAGUAA